UCAGUGUAAUUCCAAGAUGUACAUUGUGAAUGACAAAAAUGCUGUGUUGGUUGAGAAACUUGAACUCGCUUAACUCAUGCUCACUACAGUAUAAUACAGUAUUUUCGGCGUGUCCGACAAAAGUUUAGCUCAUGAUUUCGGUGGUUUUUACCCAGCAAAGUGUUGAUCCAUUACCGGAGCCUACGGUAUCUCUUAUUGUAGCCUCAAACAAUAACAGGAUUGAAACAAAAUUAUUUAUGAAAAGAAGUAGUUAAGUGGCAAUUAUUAAAGAAAAUUAAACGUGGAGAACAAAUAAGAGGUCGUGAGUUGAAAUAACCCGAGAACAUCAGUCGUUAUCCUCAUCGCAAUGCAGCCCUCGUGGAUUGGCGUUCCAUGGCUCCCGUUCCAUGCCCUCAGCGCUGCUCCUUCCCCUCUCAUGUCCCCUCACUACCCUCCAGCUCCCCCUCAUCUGUCUACCCUCAGUGGGGCUCCUGGUACCAUGCCCUCCAUGCCCACCAUGAGCCCCAGUGUACCGGGAUUGCCUCCUCCCCAAGUGGGCAGCCUAUCUACCCCACCUCCACCUACAGCCCCAUCACUACCCUCCUAUAACGGCAUCACCACGACCAUGAGCAGCACCGUAAACGGUGGCAUGACGGCCGUAAACGGUGGUAUGGCGGCCGUGAACGGUGGUAUGACGGCCGUAAACGGUGGCAUGACGGCCGUAAACGGUGGCAUGGCGGCUGUGAACGGUGGCAUGGCGGCUGUGAACGGUGGCAUGACGGCCGUAAACGGUGGCAUGACGGCCGUAAACGGUUCACUGAACGGUCUGUCGGUGACGGCUGUGGUGCCCAGCAGCGUCCAGCACAGCCAGCACUCUGGCCAUAAUCAUCACUACGCACCCACCAUCAACACCAUCAGUGGAAUUACCGGCAUGGGUGGCAUGACUGCCAUCAGUGGUAUAGGUGGUAUGAACACUUUGACUGGCAUCAAUGGCAUGAACGGUAUGAGUGGCAUGAACACCAUUAGCCUCAACGGCAUUGCCGGCAUGAACGGCUUCAGUGGCAUCAAUGGCAUGAGCGGUUUGAGUAGCUUAAAUGGCUUCAGUGGUCUAAACGGCAUCGGCAUGAAUGGCAUAAAUGGCCUCAAUGGACUAAGCUUGGCAGGCCUAGGGGGCCUAGGUUCCCUGGGGGGCGUAAUGGCCCUCACAGCAGGGCCACCGCCCCCUAUGGCCGCAAUGAUGCAUCUACGUCCCCACCAGCCGCGACCCGCGCCUCUGCAGCCUUCCCUGGCCACGCUGCUCGCCGCUAGAAAGGACCCUGACUUCUCGCUGGCCUUCAAGCGCGAGAAGAGGAAGGCCGAGGACGAUCUCAUUGACAGCCAGGACAUCAAAAAGGCAAAGCUCGAGACAAAAGCACUCAAGGCGAAGAGACCAGGCUUCUCAGAGGAGCGAUAUAACGAAACAAGCUACUUCAUUGAGAACGGGCUGCGUAAGGUCUACCCUUACUACUUCACUUUCACCACCUUCACGAAGGGGCGCUGGGUGGGGGAAAAAAUACUCGACGUCUUCGCCAAGGAGUUCAGAGCGCACCCGGCCGAGGAAUAUGAGCGAUGCAUCAAGAGCGGCACACUUACUGUCAACUACGAAAGAGUUGACACAGAUUGCCGUCUCAAACACAACGAUCUUCUUGCCAACAUCGUCCAUAGGCAUGAGGUUCCCGUCACCGCGGCGACCAUACCUCUCAUAUACACGGAUGAGGAUACUGUCGUCGUGGAUAAACCUGCCUCAAUACCUGUACAUCCCUGCGGCCGCUACCGCCACAACACCGUCGUAUUCAUCCUCGCCAAAGAAUAUAACCUAAAGAACCUGAGAACUAUUCACCGCCUCGACAGACUGACCAGUGGUUUACUGUUGUUCGGACGAACGCCGAAGAAGGCGCGGGAGAUGGAACAGCAGAUCAGGACACGGCAGGUGACCAAGCAAUACGUCUGCAGGGUGGACGGCCGCUUCCCUUCAGGGCUGGUAGAGUGCAAUGAACCAAUAGAAGUGGUGAGCUACAAGAUAGGAGUGUGUAAGGUCUCCCCUACCGGCAAGGACUGCAAGACGGAGUUUCAGCUUCUGUCCUACAAUGGCACGUCCUCUGUCGUGCUCUGCAAACCCAGGACGGGGCGUAUGCACCAGAUACGCGUACACCUUCAGUAUCUGGGUUACCCCAUCGUAAACGACCCUUUGUACAACCACACGGUGUUCGGCCCCAACAAGGGCAAGGGCGGCAUCACGGGCAAGACGGACGACGAGCUCAUCCACGACCUCAUCAAGAUCCACAACGCAGAGAACUGGCUGGGCAUGGAUGGCGACGUCGAGUACUCCAUGUUCAAGCCCAGGGCUGCGGAUGACCAGGAUGAUGAAGGUGGCCUGGACAAGAGUAUUGACAACACUAAACUUGCUGAAGACUUGCAGUCUCCUGCAAGUCCUAAUGGUAACUGCACCAUAGCUCCGUACAACCCAAGUAAGAACUGCUCAGCUACCAACUACUACACCGGCAACCACGGCUACAAGACGUCCGGUACUGGGGUUAUAGAGCACAACCGCUUCGACUACUCCUUCAAGCCGAGCCUUAAGACGGUCGACAAGAACUGUUACGAGUGCAAAGUUCGGUACAGAGACCCCAAGCCUAAAGAUCUCGUCAUGUUUCUGCACGCUCUCAAGUAUAGUGGCCCGGGGUGGCAUUUUGAGACGAAGAUGCCAGACUGGGCGGCCCCGGACUGGGUCGAAACAGAAGAUGACUGAAUAAUAAAUUAAAUGCCUUAAAGUUCCUGAUCAUUUACCGAGGUGAAGUGACUGUGAAUAUUACUGUCUUGCUGUCAGCGAACUGUCAGCCGCGAACUGUACUGUCAGCCGCGCGUGUACAGCAGCAGAAACUACCUAAGCUCUAAUGCAUGAUAAGCAGUUCUGUUUUUUGUGAUGAGUUUUAUUUGGAACAUUUAAUGUAGCGAACUUUUAUAUACUUCAACUCGAUGUAUUAUUCUAACUUAUUUACUGCAGCGAGCAAUGGUCGCUGAACAAUGAAAGUGAUAAGACAGCUGGCUUGAUCGGUAAGGAUUUUGUGGUUGGUAUGGCAUUAUCAAUUUCGUGUUAUGACUUUUGAAUAUAGAGACAAGAUUGACUUUUUUGUCUUGUUAAGAUUUUCUAGCGACUUAAUGUUAUUGUUAUCUGGUCGUUAUUGUUGAAUUAGCUGUAACGUAAAAAGCUCUAAACAAUUUAUGCUUUCCACGUUUACCUUGCCCUUGCUCCCUAGCGACGUUUCCGUGUACAAUCUCGAGACUUGGCAGUAUUUUCCUCUUGAAUUUACCUCAAAUAAACUAAAAAAAAUAACGAGAAUUCUCUCACGGAAGUAAUUUUGACGGCACAAGAACUUCGCGUGUAAGCCAUGUGUCUGAACUGCCAUGUGCUCAGUGUUGAACUAUAAACACAUGUUAAUGAGAAAGACUUCUAUUUCCUACUGUCGUGUUCUGCAUAAUUUAGAGUUGAACAAAUAUCACACUGCUCGAGUGCAGUCUUUAAAAGGCAGAAAAAUUAACGGGUCAUGUUGUCCAAAUUGAGGAGAAACAUUUUCUCGCCCCCAGCACGAGCAGAAAGAGCACUGAAAGGCCAAACUAGGCCACGAUGACAAACACCUGGGCAAUAAAAUGCAUCACUAUUUAAAAAAAAUCUCACUCAUUUCUCUGAUUGUAUGAAUAAUUCCUCCCCUGCUCCUAGAACUUUAUGUGUUUUAAUUAUAUCAUCUUCGUACCCUUUAACUUAACCGCUCUAUUCGUUUCGAUGUUUGAUAACAGCAGAAUAUCAAAUUUGUUGUGAAGUAUAUUAGUGAAAUUUAAGCUUGAGAAGUCAAGGAGAAUUGUAUUUCUACAAGCACCUGGAUCGCUCACAUACAAGUGCUUUCCCACGAACCUAGUGUAGACUGUAGGUAGCGUAGACAUGAUAACCAAUAGCCGCUGUAGUCAUAAUAUUAGUCUGAACUACUUAGUGAAUUUUGACUUCAAGUUCGGCGAUUUUAUAGUUUAAAAAUAUUAAGCCUCGACAUUCGGGAGCUGCUAGGAGUUGCGUCUAUUCAACAGUUUUUUGUGUUCUGUUAAUAGGAUUUAUUGAUGACAAUUUUGAAUAUAGAAUCGUUUAGAAUUAUGCUGAAAUGAAGGGAUUAUUAUUGCAGCACUUAACGGGCGUCUCUCAUUAGUACUGGUUAGAUUUUUCUUACGGGACGGAAGUUAACGACCAUACAGCUCUUUAUUUCCUGUAAAUUGAUCCAUACAAAAUCUUACACUUCGUCGUCCUCAUCACUUGGUACAUUUUUGUCUAUAAUAUUGUUGUUUAUCAAAAUUAUUAAAUUUGAUAAAAUAAAAUUAAGUUGAAACUUUAUCGAAACAAAAAUUGGACCAGUUCUCGGGGAUUUGCGGGUUAAAUUUUCAUGAGCUUUAUCUCCCCUCACUCAACUCUCGGACAUUUUUGAGGCUAAAUUGCCUCAAAGAUUACAUCUGAAAGUCUAAUGCCAAGCAGUCUUGGGAGCUCCGCACAACAGGUGCUCGAGAAUUACCCCGGCUUUCAUUACCCGCACGAGGAUUAAAUCUCAAAAUGUAUGCCUUGUCUGACUUAGAUUUAUUGUCGAUCCAACGAACUGGUGUGUAAGAAAGUAACGAGUUAGUGUUAGAUAUUUGCCGCAAAACUGGGCAAGCCUUCACUGAUCUUCCUCUGAGUCAUAUCAAGCAAUUGAUGUCCAUUAAGUAACGUCGAAAAGAACCAACGCAGGGCUUGUCUACAAUACUGCGCUACUUAAAAUUUAAAAAGCUAAGAAGACGUCAAGUAAAUUCAUAUCACCAAUUAAAACGUUUCAGAGACCAGCUCCAUCAUCGGUAUCACCAUCCUGGUUUCCAAAGCAUUUUCACUAAAGAUGUGUAUUAUGAAUUUACAUGACAUCUUAUUUGCUUUUAAAUUCUUGGUGGACUUGCGAUAUAAAGAGAAUAAUGAUAUUAGUUAUACUGCGUAACUUAUUGACGUGUAGAGCUCUAGAAAAUAUUUAAAUCCCUAUAGUCUCAGUUUUUGUACCCUAAUUGAAUUCAUACAAAAACUAGUUAAAGUAUAUCGACUUUUAGAAAGGAUUUUUCGGUACUCCUUUUAAAACGACCAAGACUUGUCAAUAACAAAAAAUAUCGAAUUUUAUUGACGAUGCUGCGACAGCUUCAGUGUAGUUUUCUGCCAGAAACGAUUAUUGUCACACAGUGGCAUUUGUCAUGUGUUCUGGCGCUGAGUAUUGUAUUUCAUAAUAGUGGUUCUUAUUACUGAACUUAUGCGCCUUGAUGCCAAUGUCACAACAAUUUUUGUUGUGUGGUGUGCCGUUGAAAAAUUCUGAUCAACUGAUAGAUGCCAGUAGCAUGUUGAAUAUUUUAUGAGGUAAUCUUAAAGUAUAGUCUACGAAGAUUCAUUAAAUACCGCAGAAGACAUGAAAGAGAAUGAAAUUGCUUGCAGGCUUGAUGUACUUUCUUAUGAUGUUAUUCUACUACUAUUUGUUUCACGCAUGCUGUAAAUAUUAUCUAGUUACACUAAUUGUGCAAUUCCUAAAAGAAUUCGCAAUGUGAGUUUUGGACGAGUACAAAGCUGCUUGUUAGUGUUAUGUACAUGAGAUUGAGCCGAAAUGCUUCAAAAACCUAAAUUAAAGCAUAAUUAACUAAUAAAUUACUUGUACAAUUACUUCUGAUCUGACUCUGCACAAUAUAGGGUUAUUAUGAAUGAUGGACUCAAUCUAAUAAUUUAGUAUUUCUUUAAGUACAAAUUCAAAAUUAAGAAUUUAUGCACCAAUGUAAAGAG